AUGGAUGAGACUGGUAUCCUUGAGGGUAAAGGGGAUAAUAGGCUAGUGCUAGGCAGUGCUGCGACUAAGUCAGUAAGGAAGAAGCAGCCUGGUUCGCAAGCCUGGGUAUCUAUUAUUGAGUGUAUAUCAGCUGGGGGCGCUGCUAUCCAUCCCUUGGUUAUAUAUAAGGGCAAGACAGUUCAACAGCAGUGGUUUCCUCUAGAACUUGGCCUAUAUGAUGGAUGGGAGUUCACAUCAACAGAGAAUAGGUGGACUACUGAUGCUACUGCUGUUAAAUGGUUAGAAAGGGUCUUUAUCCCCCAAACCAAGCCCUCUAGCCCUAACCAAGCUAGACUCCUUAUCCUAGAUGGCUAUAGGAGCUAUACGACGACAGAUUUUAUGUGGUUAUGCUAUACUAAUAACAUCUAUCUGUUAUUCUUGCCUCCACAUACCUCCUAUGUCCUCCAGCCACUUGACCAGUCAGUCUUCAGCCCUGUCAAGGCAGCAUAUAGGAAAGAGGUGGGAUAUCUUAGUCAGUGGAUCGACUCUACUGUUAUAGGCAAAAGGAACUUCAUUUCCUGCUAUCAAAAGGCUCGCCUAGCUGGGCUGACUGCAGGCAAUAUCAAGAGUGGCUGGAAAUACACUGGGUUAUAG